CUAAAAGUAAAAAUGAGUUAGGUUCCUGCAGAGUUUACGCACUUAUAAUUACCCAAUAAUUAUGACGUCAUACUCCUUGUUGUGACGUCACAGCAGUGUAAUAUUCUUUAAAAUGACACUAAAAUAAUCUAAAUCUGAUUAAAAAACAAAGUAUAAAUUGUUUUAUCUAAAUGGAUUUAGACGUGUGUGUAUUUAUUGUAAACAAUAUCUUCUACUUGAAAUAAAAACGGCAAACACUUAAAUCGACACCGAAAUGCAGAAUAAAAGACGCGAUUGACUAAUAAACACAGUUGAGAUGUUAUUAAACGUCACCAGCCCAGACCGCGCGCUCGCGCGUUUCCGUCUCCUCUCCGUGAUUGGACGGAUUAUUGUGCUGGCGCUCGAUCCCUGUAUCCAGGAGAAUCUUUACCAACCCGGUACUUCACGAGCCCUUGUUGCUCUUACGGCGCAUGGUCAUCUGGGCGCGCGCACAAUACCCCAUAGCUGAGGUGGUGCCCGGUCGGGAGCGCGCGCUCGGGUCGUGCCCGUUUCCUGUCCUCUGGUUUAACGGAGAGAUUUAAGGACGCACCGGGAUGCAGAAGAUUGUUUUGAGUUUUUAUUUUUUCGGUUGAAAAACGUUUUGUUUGUUAACCCACCGCACGCGCGCUACUAAUUUCAUUUGAGUGUUUUUUUCUCUAUAAAAAUUAAAACCGACUUCGUGUUUAUAAGAUUUGUGUUUUACUUUCAACGAGUCGGAAAUAACAGCGGAUUUAUACUUUACUGUCACUUUGUUUUCUUCUAAUACUUUUUACAACCAUUUUUUUUGCUCCAGUUCAGUGGAUGGUGACACUGUGAAAUUGUGUAGAAAUGUACGCAGGACGGAAAAGAAGAAAAUCCGCACAGAAAGCGGUAAAGCAGCCUCCAGCAGACGGAGUGAAGUCAAACCCGUCUAAACGUCAUCGUGAUCGUCUGAAUUCAGAGCUGGAUCGUCUCGCACGCUUAUUACCGUUUCCUGAUGAUGUCACUUCGAGUCUAGACAAACUGUCCAUACUCCGUCUGAGUGUCAGCUUCCUGUGCACGAAAAACUUCUUCUCUGUUACCCUAAAGAAUCACACCAGUAAAAGGUUGCCACCCAGCAGCUCUAACCGGGACACCAGUAAAGGGACAGGAUUGGUGGACAGACGUGUACCAGAGGGGGAGCUUCUCCUGCAGGCUCUUAAUGGUUUUGUGCUAGUGGUCACUUCAGAAGGGAUCAUAUUCUACGCCUCACACACUAUUCAGGAUUACCUUGGAUUCCACCAGACGGAUGUGCUACAUCAGUGUGUGUUUGAGUUGGUCCAUACGGAGGAUCAGCAGUCUUUUAGGCGUAAUCUGCACUGGGCUCUGAACCCUCCUAAUGCAGAGCAACAAGCAGAGAACACACAGGGUUCUGUCUCAAGUUCAGUUACUUAUAAACCAGACCAACUGCCUCCAGAGAACUCGUCCUUCCUGGAGAGGAGCCUCAUCUGUCGCUUCCGCUGUCUGUUCGACAACUCGUCCGGCUUCCUGGCACUGAAUCUCCAAGGGCGUCUGAAGUUCCUCCACGGACAGAACAGACGACUGGAUGACGGAAGUCAAGCCCCACCCCAAUUGGCCCUGUUUGCUGUGGCUACGCCCCUUCAGUCCCCGUCCAUCUUGGAGAUCCGCACCAAGAACAUGAUCUUCAGAACCAAACAUAAGCUGGACUUCACUCCUAUGGCCUGCGAUGCCAAGGGUAAAAUAGUUCUGGGUUACACCGAGGCAGAGUUACGUGUUCGCGGUACAGGCUACCAGUUCAUCCACGCAGCCGACAUGCUGUACUGUGCAGAGAACCACGUCCGCAUGAUUAAGACCGGGGAAAGCGGCCUGACUGUGUUUCGACUGCUCACCAAGGAAAACCGUUGGAAAUGGGUUCAGGCCAACGCCAGGCUCGUUUAUAAAAACGGCAGACCCGAUUACAUCAUCGCCACUCAAAGGCCGCUUGGGGAAGAAGAAGGAGGUGAGCAUCUAAGGAAACGUUCCAUGCACCUCCCCUUCACAUUUGCAACUGGUGAAGCUUUAUUGUAUCAGACCAGCUUCCCCAUCCCCGGCUUCUCUGAUAACAUGGCUGCCAAAGGCAAGAGUGGGAAAGCCAAGAAAACCAAAGUAGACAAAGGGUCGAAGGACGAUCCGGACCCUAGCUCCCUGCUCGGUGCGAUGAUGAGGCAGGAUGAGUCGGUUUACGUAUGCCAACCUGCCUCAGAGUCGAAGGUACCGUAUCGCAGCAGCCUAUUUACCAAACAGGAUGAGCGAAGCACUUUUCCUACAUCUGUGGAAAGUGAGAACUGGAAUUCUGAAUCAAAAAGAGUUCCCAAGUCUGAAAUGGCGACUAGUUUUGACCCCCUGCUGGUUACUCUUGAUUCUCUGUCACUAGAACACGAGGAAAACUGCUCCAACAGUGAGUUGUUUAACGCGCUGGAAAAUCUGGGCUUGAAUGCCGAGGAUCUGGAGCUUCUGCUCCUAGAUGAGAGGAUGAUCCAGGUGGACAUGGAGCCAGAAUAUGUACCUUCCCUCAACGAUCUCCUUACUAACAACGAGAUACUGUCCUAUGUCCAUGAUUCACUAGAAAAUAGUACAAGCAACAUGAACAGCCUUGUUCCACUUAUCACCCCAGAGCCUGUGGACCCUAUCGAGGGCUCCUCAAAUCCAUACAACCCACCUUCCAUGUCUGAAUUCUCUCCUAGCACUGUUUCAAGUCCAUAUUUACCCUUCCAUCACCCCAAACAGUCCCCCGUUCUACUUUUGUCACAGCAGAUGCAGCAGCACUUGAGCACUCGGUCCCCGCAACAAAAAUGUCACGGCUGGAUCCCCGAGACGCAGAUCGGCGAGGUCACGUUCCCUCACCGCAGUUCAGUACUCGUUAAUGCAGUAGCUGAUGUUCAGGUUGGUCACUGGAUCCCUGAACAAACUCUGGAAGAAGUCUCACAGGAAAGAGUAAAGUUUCCAGGACCAACUAAACAUCAGCAGCAGCAGCAGCAGCCUUGGUGCCAAAGCCAUAAGCAGUCCCAUUUUCUCUAUAAACACGAACAUAAAAAUGGUGCUGGCUUUCAAAACGGGAUCUUCCCAAAUCCCCAGUGGCAAGAACCCGACUACGUACACCAGUCACUGGUGACCACUGGUACCCAUGUGGAUUACAAUACUGCCACCGUGUCUGAGGUGGAGUUCAGCAGUAGAUCACUCUGGGAAUUUCAAAGUGGCAUGCCAACUUUGUCAUCAUCGUCAUCAUCAUCAUCAUCAUCAUCAUCUUAUCAGCAGCUUUACACACAACAAGCACCCACAAAUUAUUCCCACACCAAUCAGAACUCCUCGCCGGAUGUUUAUAAAAUGUUUGAUUCGACACAAUCCCAUGAAUCCACCCACAGAAAGAUGGACAACAGCUUCGUCCUGAGCCCCACCAUGCCCUGCCCACUUCCUAAUGACAACAGUGUGAAUCCCAGUGACAAGCCACACCCACAACUCCCAGCUCCUCCAGCCAAUGGCUUCUACCUUUGAUAAUGGAGUCCACGACGGACCAAUCAGAACAAAGCCCUGGGUAAAAGCCGCAGGAAGAAAAGAACAAGUACAAUUUCUGAUAAUGAUAAAACAUUAUCACUCACGCAGAGCUGUGUGUCGAGUUGUAGAUUAUUCUGUUGAGGAUUUUCACACAUUAUUUAAUCCUGACCCGUCUGUUAAAGACGCCAACGCUCUAUAAAUACAUUUUAUAGUUUUUGUAUGUUUUAUUAACGAGUGUCACACACAGUGAGAGCUCUACGUGGCUCUAUGACCGGCACAAAAAGGUGAAUAUACAGUACGAGGAUCCGUUUAUUUAUAAACUGGUCAGCGGAUUAUUAUUAUUAUUAUUAUUAUAGACUUAAACGUGAUAGAUUAAUCAAGCUAAGUACUUAAUAUGAACGAUUGUUAUUAAGUUAAAGAAAGUGAGUGACGUGACGGUGUCCCAUACUCAGAAUUCGUUCUCUGCAUUUAACCCAUCGAAAGUGCACACACACAGCAGUGAACACACACAUUUAUGCUGCGAUGCCCGGGGAGCAUCUAGGGGGUUCGGUGCCUUGCUCAAGGGCACCUCAGUCGUGGUAUUGCCAGCCCGAGACUCGAACCCACAACCUUAGGGUUAGGAGUCGAACUCUGUAACCAUUAGGCCAUGACUUCCCCCAGACUUACACCAGAUAGCUGUGAAGGAGUGAAUUGUGUAUAUUUGUGACAGAAAUACUCCCCGAUUCUUAUGUAAACUUUAGCUACUAUGACAUGGUAAGUUGUUGCCACGUAAGACAGUCAAUGCGACGGUCAAUAGUAUCGCUUGUGCAUGAGAUCCACCAUCCAGUGAAUUUCUAUGUCAAAGUGAAACAGAACAUUUAAAGCAUUUUUUAAAGUGAUGAAGAUGAGCUAAAAUUGUUUGUUUGUUUGUUUGUUUGUUUGUUUGUUUACUGGUAACAUUUUACACAUCAGCAGGAAGCACGAGGCUUAGCUGGCUUGCGUUUCGUAAACCCUCUUGUUCCCAGCAUCACACCAUCUGAGCCAUAACGUUCAUGAUUCGUUUAAAAAGAGGAAUAUUUUAUAGGUGCAUGGAAUGUUUUGUAGUGUUAGGGUUUGAUAUAAAAAAUGCUGACAUGUAAAAAAAAGAAAAAAGAUUGUCAAUUAAACUGUACCUGCUGGAGUAUUAUUGUUAUUAUAAUUAUUAACAUGAUGAUGAUGAUGAUGAUGAUGAUGCCUGAAGUAGGAUAGAUGAAAUAUAGUGAAAUAUAUUUGAAGAGUUGAUGUGCGUAAAGUUAAAUUAUUAAUGAAACGCUUUAAAGCAACACGAUUAUUACUGAAGCCUAAAAUGUUUUUAUUAAGAGAAAGUGUGGCGUUUCAGCAGAGGGAGAUUUUUACAUCAUGACUAAACACGUCUAGGCUUUAAUUAUCAUCAGCAGUUUAUUUUAUAGUUUGGUUUCCAGUUAAAGAUCCAUGAGAGUUAAACCGACCGACUGUUUUACUCUUAAUGCUGUGAGAUGAUUGAAUGCCACUGUGAUCAAGCCUAAAGACUAAAGGCCAGAAAAUAUGGCGUUAGAACAAUCAAUGCUAAAAGAAGGGGGGGGGGGGUGUAUUACCAGAUGUCUGUGUUCACACGCGUUCUGUUGCUCGAACCGAUUUCCGGAGCACGCUGAAGGACCGAUGACGUAGAGGGACUUCAUCACAUAACGGACUCGGAGACACACACCGUUACACGGACUGGUAGACGACUCGGAGUUUAAGUGUAAAGUAAGUAGAGAAAAAAAAACAAGUUUGUUGUUUUCUGUCGUCAGUUUUUAAUACUUUUAUAUGCAAAAAAAAAGCUGAAGAAAGGUUCACACAAAUGUUCUAGCAAGUUAGAUACAAAUAACUUCACUCGUCUACGUUAAAUACGUGACUUAUUUUAUUCCAGGGAUUUAUUUAACACGUGUCGCGUAUUUCUGUCACUUACGUUUGAGCUCAAAAGAUUCGUAUCUGGAACAAAAUAAUCUCCAUGUAUCAUAAAAUAUAAAGUAAAGUCUGAUAUUAGAAUAAAAAGGAUGUGAAUUAAAUGAUGUAAUAAACUCUAAAGACUUUUCGUUACUACCACAAACCUUAGCACGCUUUUAUAAAACCCGCGCCGCUCGCGGACGUUCACUUACUCGGACUGUUACAUCGAGGCAGAAGGAUUGUGAUUGGACGUCAGGGAACCAAUCAUAACGAAGAAAGGACACUGGAACGUGGUAUCUAACGAUAACAGGUUUAUGAAUAGCGUGUUAGCUUUGUAGCUAACACUGACUGAUCGUCAGAUUGAAGAGUUAGCAUGAGCGUUUAUCUCAAGUGGCGCUUGGCUGUAUUUAGUAUUUAGAUCUUUUUGAGUUACGUUUUUUUUUUUGACGAACGUUUCAACAAAACUAAUAAUCAAAUAGUGGCUGUAUAAUGAUGGAUAUUUGUACAAGUGUUUUUCAGUAGCUAGGUAGCGAGCUCCUUAAUGCUACACUAGCAUGGUUUUUGCUAUAUAAGUUAGAGUAAGUAAAAGAUUUUCAGACUAAACGACUGCACAAUUGUUCUGUAGUGUGAUUUUUUUUUAAUGAAGUUAAAAGGGUUUUAGGGGGAAAAUACUACAAUAAUAAGAAUAACACGGUGCCAUGUUAGUGAAUUUCUUGUUGUGUUCAGUGUUGUACUUGUGGAUUUUUUUUUUUUUUUUAAUGUAAGAAAUAUUAAAUGAAAAUCACGCCUGCGUUUUGUUAAAUGGGGGUUGGGAAGAAGGAUGACCCAAACAUAUGCAGUGUUCUCCGUUUGUCUUGAAGAUGUAACCUUCAACCUGGAAUUAAAGGAUUUGUGCAUCACGAGCUCA